AUGGGUGCUUCGACGCUGUUGCUUGCCUUGGGCGCGGCUGCCACGGUGCUGGCUCAAGCUAACCAUGCCAUCGACUCCUUUGCGUACCAAGGAUGCUCUUCUGUUGAUAUGUCAUGCUUCACACCGCCUGUGCUUCUGAAUGGCGAGCCGAUCACUCCGGAAAUGUGCCAGCGGGCUUGUCUAGGUCAUCAAUUCGCUGCUUUGUUCCCAACGGAUUGUCGUUGCGGAGAUGACGCCAACGUGAUUAAGCCCCUUGAUGAGAGAGCUUGCAAUAAUCCAUGCUUGGGAGAUCCAAACCAUGGCAUGUGCGGGAGCAUUUGCCCGGCUGAAGGUCCCGCAAUUGCCAAUGUCUACACGAAGACGGAAACAGCUAGCCAGCAGCCUCAAAUCGAAACCAUACAUACAACUUCUACCUUCGUUCUGCCAAUCACAUUAAUCAGUUCUGAGGAUUGCACCACGUCUGACCAGGGCCCGGUGACUGAACCACCGGCUGGAGGUCUCAUCACCCCUGUUGGAACAGCGCCUGGCAUACCUACAACGUUCACUUUUGUGUUGUCUUCCAGUCCUGCGACCAUGACAACCUCUAGUGAAAUGCCUCCUGCCCCAACUAGGCUCACUUCCUCCUGCCCUGACGAACAAAGCUCAGUAACUGAGGAACCAACUGUGGCACCACCCAUCACGACGUGCGACGAAGAUUCUUCCAUUCCUACUCCAAGCUCUGGCGUACCGGCUCCGUAUGGAACAACCACUGCCUCUCUUCCAGUGUACACGUCGGAUGCCACUACGUCGGAUGCCACUACGUCGGAGGCCACUACGUUGGAUGCCACUACGUCGGAGGCCACUACUUCGGAGGCCAAGCCCGUGACCUCGCCUGUUCCAUCUCCCCAGUCGUAUUCGGAUCCAUACAGCUCACAGAAGAAGCAGGAUCCUGCGGCGACAGCUAGCAGCGUCCCAGAUACAAGCCAGGACGAUCCAAACCGCUCUUCAACAAGCACUCUCUGGUCUCGUCCUUCGGAUGUUCUCGACCCAACUGGACAGCCACCAGUUCCAGCCCAGGUACCAGGCUCAGAUUCCACCCACAGCAUGGUCCCGCCGCUGGCGACCAUUGGAGGAUUGGCUUUGAUUGCGGCAAUCAUCAUGGUUGUCAAAAAGGUCUACAAAGCAAAUUUGCACGCUAAGCUUUUGGUUCAGGCCUCGCAGGAGCUCCAAGCCGAGUUCAACUCGUUGCUCUCCUCGCCGUCGAUCUUUGGCCUUAUUGUUGGCAUCGAAAAAGAGUCAUUAGUGCCCCUCAAAACUCUUCCAUCCAAGGGGUCCUCAUUCUUUGAAAACCUUGGGAGCUUGCAGAGCCAUCUGGAACCCAACGUCCCCCUCUACAUUCUACUUCGUCGAUACGAUGACAUCCCACGUCUGACAGCAAUAUCUUACGUUCCGGACACUGCGCACGUACGACAGAAGAUGCUGUUUGCAUCUACAAGACUGACUCUUGUGCGGGAGCUGGGCUCCGAGCAUUUCAGAGAGACGAUCUUCGUGACGACUGCAGACGAACUCAGUGAAAGCGGGUUCAAGAAGCACGACGCGCAUACCCAACUUGCUGCUCCGCUGACAGAGGAAGAACGCACCCUGGGUGAGGUCAAGCGUGCCGAGCAGGAGGCGGGAUCUGGUACAGGAACGAGGGAAAUUCACCUGAGCAAGAGCUUUGCUAUGCCUGUGGCGGAGAACGCCGUCGCCGCUUUGAAGGAGUUGGGGCAGGACGACGGACGCGUGGUGGCCAUGCUGAAAAUCAACCCCGAGAGCGAAUCCGUGGAGCUGGUCCCCGAAUCGCCCCGGCCAGAGUCUAUUACCGAGCUGGCCAAGGCGAUUUCCACCACGGAGCCCCGAUUCACGUUUUACAGGUUCAAGCACACGCACAAUGGCGCAGAGCAGUCGCCAAUCCUCUUCUUUUACACGUGCCCAUUGACGGCCGGCAACAAGUCAAUCAAGAAGCGCAUGCUCUACCCAUUGAUGAAGCGGGCGGUGCUGGAAAUUGCAGACAAGGAGGCUGGCUUGAGCCUGGAGAAGAAGUUUGAAGUCGAGGAGCCCGGCGAAAUCACUGAGCAGUCUGUGAUGGAUGAUUUGCAUCCCAAGACUACUACCAAGUCGGGGUUCAGCAGGCCCAAGCGGCCGGGUCGGUGA